AUGCAGUGGCUGGACACUGUGUGGGAAGUGCGUACAGAUUUUGAAGCCGUCCGUAGGCACACCUCCCAAAAUGACUGGCACCGGCUCGACGUCGCCAGGCCGAAGACAGAAAUGCUGAGACGCUCCCUGGAUGAGCGUGUACGCUCGAUGCGUCGCUUCGACGCAUGGCCGGAAAUCGAGAACUGGCACUCGCACGAGAACGUGAUGUCCAGUUGGGCAGGCGGCACAGAUCUGGCAAGCAAGAUGCCACCAGUCCGUUUGGAUGCUUUGGAGCGACUACCCCUGAAGUACAUCUUCCACCCUAAUCGUCCGCCAGCCGUUGGGGCGUCGUGGGUGUGGACAUGUCCUUGGGAGGAUGAUGGUCCACCAGACGACGCCCCAGCCCCAACCCGGGAACAACAAGACUUCAUCGACAGCCACACCUUCUACGAGCGCGCAUUCCGAUACCUUAUGUAUUGGAGAUUACACGAGAAGCAGAUCGUGCUACAACUCCUCAUAGAAGAGCUGCUAGAAUCGACCGAAAAAUGCAGCAAACGAAUCCCGGAUUACCCAUUUUUCGUGAUGGGAAAUGGGGACCAUAUUGGUGCACUGCUCGUGUUGUGGAGCCCAGAAUCUCUGCGCGAAGAUGCUGAUGUUCCGCUACUUAUUGGGCAUCAGUUUGAGCCGGUUCAUAUCGUGGCUAUGGCGUUGUAUAUCGAUUACCUAUUUUAUGAAGCGCCCGCGCGGCUGGAGGGAGAGGGCUUUGCAAAGCUCGAAAACUGGGAAGACACCACGCCUGAUUGUUUUACAGGUAUCAUGAUGGUAAAAUUUUCCGAGCUUCGUGUACUGUUGGAAAUCAUGCUGGCACGGUUGAAAAUCAUUGUAAAGGAUGGGGAACCCGUACUGGGUGAGAUCAACUGGCAAAACCAAUCAGUUACCGAAAAAUCAGAAUACGACAAAGAGAUGAUGACGAAAAUUAAGGAAUUUUGGAGAACGAGGAAAAUAGACAAGGUAACCGACAUCAAGGCCGAGGAGCUGAAGUCGAGAAUCAGGGACUGGAAUCAAAAGCAAAAAUCAGAAGCGCAGAAUAGCCGACAAAAGCUCAAGAAGAAAAUCCGACGAGAUAGAAAAUGUUGGAUCCGAACAAUUUUCUCAACGAUUGCUACAGAAUUCCGAGUUUCUAUGAUCCACUCCGAGAGCCGUGUUGGAGGGUAUGCUCAAGAGCAUGCUGGCGACGUUUGGAGCGCUACCGUGAAGGGCGCCGGCCACAACCUUGCCGAAGAUCGCCCUAUGCAAGUCCUACAGUUGCUCUCGAAUUUUGUUAAUGGGAGGGAUAUUUUUGGUGGUGACCUAUCUGACAUCGAUCUCAAUCCAUCUCCUCUGAAGAACUCAACAGGAAUCGCAGCCAAAGCCCCUCGGAACACGAGAAAAGCGCCCAAACUUAAAUUAACGACGACGGCCGCAACGAGGAAGGAACAAGACAAAAUUCUAAACCUACCGGGAGCGCCAGAAAAUGAUAAAACUAUCCAAUACAGCGGCUACAUAAACGGCUUGGAAAACCAUCGAAUGCACUAUUGGCUGGUCGAAGCGGAAACCAUCCAGCAAUCUGCUCCCCUGUUUUUGUGGCUAAACGGCGGUCCCGGAGAUUCCUCGAUGAAUGGGAUGUUUUUCGAGAAUGGGCCCUAUUUGUUGAGUCCGGAUGGGAAAAGCUUGAGGCAGAACCCGGUUAGGUGGAAUCAGUUCGCCAACAUGCUGUACCUCGAAUCGCCAGUCGGGGUUGGAUAUUCCUAUUCCACAGAUGCGGACGAAAAACUGGAGCUCAGCGAUGAUAAGAGUAUGCAAGAAAACUACGCAGCACUACUCGAUUUUCUUACCGUAUAUCCAGAAUACAUCGACCGUGACUUUUACAUAAUUGGCGAAAGUCAUGGCGGCGUCUACGUACCCAUGCUGGCUACGAAAGUUGUUGAUGGGAUUAAAGCGCAGGAGCUGAAGUUGUAUUUUAGGGGGAUUGCUGCCGCCAACGGGCUUAUCGACUACAAUCAAAAUAUUGACAGCAUGUUUCAUGUAAUGUAUUACCACGGGAUUAUUGGAAAAAGCGCCUACGAACAGCUCCUCGACACAUGCUGCCCGGAAAAUGGCGACGAACUUGCGUGUAAGAUGUCUUCCCACAUCGACUGGCCGACUUUUCCGAACCCGAAAACGCAGAAUGACAGCUGCUUCAAUAUGCUGCUCGACUUUACGAUGACAUAUUACUUGGGUACCAAAAAUAAUGACUAUUCGAUAUAUCACGACUGUUAUAGACAACCGAUAAAUGGGAGUAGGACAGAUUAUCCUCUAGAUACAGAAAAGCCUUUCGAAUCAUAUUGGUGCUACAUGGAAAAUACACUGGGUAUUUUUAUGGGGCAGGACUCGGUUCGAACAGCUUUGCAUAUCCCAGCAGGUGUACCGAUUUGGCAGAAAAAUGGAAUCGAGUCCCUCUACAAGAAAACGCAGUUCACGAUGAAACCUUAUUUUUCGAAGGUGCUAGGUUCUGGAGCGCGGGCCUUAAUUUAUAACGGGGAUACCGAUUUGCAUUGCAACCAUCUGGGCGCUGAAUGGUUUGCGAGGGAUCUGGCGGCGAAUAUCGGAUACCAGAAUACCUUGGAACGAAUGCCCUGGAAUUAUCAACUCUCCGCCAACGAUCCAAAGGUCGUGGGAGGAUAUCAGGAAAAGUAUGGAAAUUCGUUAGAUGCCGUGACUAUCAAGGGUGCCGGGCACAUUUCGGGUACUGAUCGUCCCGCUCAACUCUACCAGAUAAUCUUCAAUUUUGUGAAUCGACGGGAUUACAGUACCCCAAUUUGGGAAUCGCAUCCUAUCCCGACGAAACUUCCGGCAGUAUUCUGGAUUCCCGGAGAGCAAGCAGUGAAUGGGACCAAAUUUCACUACUGGCUCAUCACCGCCCAACAAAAUUUGACAAGCGCACCCCUGAUCGUUUGGCUAAACGGUGGACCUGGUUGCUCAUCUUUGAGCGGGCUUUUCGUGGAAAACGGGCCAUUCCGGCCGAGUGAAGAUGGAAAAAUUGUUAAUGAAAAUAUUUAUGCUUGGAAUAAGAUCGCUAAUGUGCUAUACCUGGAGUCACCAUCUGGAGUUGGGUUCAAUCCGGUUACUAGAGACUACUGGGAUGAUGGGAAGGUAGCCGCUUACAACUAUUUUGCGCUGGCCGACUUCCUGACAGUAUUCCCCGGAAUUGCUGAUAAUGGCGAGUUACAUUUAAAGUUAUCUAUUAUUUUAGGCCUUUUCCUCGCUGGUGAGGGCUACGCUUCUGUCUACGUCACGACAUUGGCAAAUUCGAUCAUUGAUCAGUCGCAAAGCAACAAUUUCAAUCUACAGGGUAUCCUGAUCGCUAAUGGCCUUCUUUCGGCCCGACAGCAAUUCAAUGCCUUGCUUGAGUGGUCUUACGCGAAGGGAAUCAACUUCAAGGAGGACUACGAUAAGCUCAUCGAUUACUGCUGCGAGCAGACACCUUCUGUAUCCAAGUGCGAUUUCUACUCGGCCGCCGAGAACACUGAUUGUGCCAACCAAGCGCAGGCGCUUUGGCGAAGGACUCAGCAAGGAAUCGAUAAAUACAACGUGUAUCAGGAUUGCUAUCAGAUUCCGAGGACAAGGGCCAGCGCUGAAGCUUUUUAUGGGAAUGGGACCUAUCCUUCCACUGACCCGUUCGGAGGGUAUGCUUGCGUAGCGGGAGACGCGAUCCAGAAUUACCUCCGCCGCGCCGAUGUCCAAAAAGCGAUACAUGUGCCCCAGACGGAUUGGACGGAUUGCAGCACACUGCCAGACUACGGCCAGCAACAGAAUGGCGAUAUCAGCACGCAGUUCAAGAAAUUGUUUGCCAGUGAGGCGUGGGGUGAUCGGAAGAUGAGGUUGCUGAUCUACAACGGCGACCUCGACACUGCUUCCAACCAUAUUGGAGCCGAGUGGUUUGUUGAGAACUUUGGACUAACGGCCUUUGGUGGAGACCGCUGGAAAUAUGCCACCGACUUGACCAAGUUCAGCGGCUCGAUUGGCGGAUACUACAAGCAGUUUUCGAGUGGUGUUACUUUUGCUACGGUUAAGGGAGCCGGUCACUUUGCCCCUCUUUCUCGACCGGGCCAGACUUUGCAGCUGGUGAAGAACUUCUUGAGCAACGACACCAUUAACUCCGACCUCCGAACUAUUAACCUGACACCUGCUCCUCUUCGUUUUGAGUAUCAACCCAAGGACGAUGGUCCCAUAAGGAGGAAGCAAGCCGAUCAGGUCCACAACCUACCCGGCCUCACUUGGGACAUCAACUUCCGGCACUUUUCUGGAUACCUAACCGCCUCAAAAACACACUUUAUACAUUAUUGGUUCCUCGAAGCUCCAAACCCUCAAUAUGCUCCAACGCUCCUCUGGCUUGGUGGAGGCCCCGGAAGCUCCGGAAUCCAGGGGAUGUUCUAUGAAAAUGGGCCAUUCCGGGUCAACCGAGAGGGGCAUACUAUUUUUGAGAAUGUAUUCUCAUGGAAUAAGUUCGCCAACAUGCUCUACCUGGAAUCGCCUCGAGGUGUUGGUUGGUCCUAUCAAACGGACGAUGAUCUAGAUUAUACCUAUACGAAUAAUGUGACCGCCAGCGACACCGUCAACGCGGUGAUCGACUUCUUUGAGAACAUAUUCCCAGAAUACAAGCCGAAUGGAUUUUAUAUUACGGGCGAAAGUUACGCCGGGGUGUACAUUCCGAUGCUAGCCGAUGGGUUGAUAAAGGCCAUUCAGGCUGGAAACACGGAUAUUAACUUUAAGGGACUUGCCAUGCAGUCCGGAUUCGUCAGCCAGGAGCUGAACCUGAAUGUGGCUGUCCAUCAGAUGUAUUUGUAUGGAUUGCAGGGGAAGCUCGAGUACGACAACCUCAUCUCCAAAUGUUGUCACACUGCCGAUCCGACUCGAUGCGACUUUUACGAUCCCUACCUCUACGCCGGGGCUGAUGGCGCUUUGUAUCCUAAACCCGGUCUCAAUGCCAGCGAUAAGUGGUGUGCUGACGAGACAAUCCGCCAAACCAAAGAUACCUGGAAUCCGGCUCGCGCAGACAUCGACAUGUACAGCCUGUACCUUGAUUGUGAUAUGAGCCAGUGGACGGAUAAGACCCGGAAGCCGAGAGCUGACGGAUACGUUGAUAAUGCUCAAAUGAUCAACCUCUACUCCACGGACCACCUGAACGGCUUCCCAUGCUGGGGCGGAAGUGCCGCCACGAAAUUCAUGAAUCAACCCGGAAUUCGUGAGGCUCUCCAUAUCCCGGAUUUCGUGACCAAGCGAUGGGUUCAUUUCAACGGUACCGUCGGUGACCUCUACGACCAAAGUUGGCCCCUGGAAAUGGAUGACUUUAUCAUCUCAAUCGUCAAUUCGUACUAUUACAAGCAAAAUAAUAUGAGUAUUUUGUUGUAUAAUGGCGAUACGGAUACGGUGUGUAGUCACUGGCAGACGCAUUGGUGGCUGAACCGAGUUGCCCGGAAGCUGGCAGCAAGGAGAUAUGGACCUCGAGAUUAUUGGUGGUAUCAGAAGAAGCCGGAGUUCCAGCCCGUACUUGCUGGUGCUGUGGAGCGAUUUGAAAAGAACAUCGACUUCUUGACGAUUAAGGGAGCCGGCCAUCUUGGUGCUGCUGAUCGUCCCGGCCCGACUGCGCAGCUCAUCUACAACUUUGUGAACAAAAAACCGUACAACACCAGCUAUCCAAUGGACAUCACGAAGAAACCGUUGAAGCAGGCUUUCCAAGCCGUGUUGGGAUGUGAGAAUGGGAAAUUCCUGGAUGGAGCUGAAGCAAAGGUCGAGGUCAAGGAGAAGAUUGUGGAAGCCGCCCCAAACAACACUGAUGACCUGACCGACCGUGCCAAGGCCGAUAUGAUCACCUCGAUCCCUGGCCUGACUUUCAACAUUAAUUUCCGAAACUUCGGCGGCUACUUGACCCCGUCAAAGAACCCGACACACCAUUUGUAUUAUUGGUUUAUGGAGUCGCAAAAUGACCCGAAGAACGAUCCCGUGGUUUUGUGGCUGAAUGGGGGGCCUGGAUGCAGUUCGUUGAUCGGUCUCUUCGAAGAGCUGGGCCCGUUCCACAUGAAUAAUGACAAGGGGAAGACACUGUAUGAAAAUGUUUUUGCCUGGAAUAAGAAGGCAAACGUCCUGUUCAUGGAGGCCCCAGUCGGCGUCGGGUUUUCGUAUUUCGAGGAGAACGCUUGGAACAAUACGGAUGAGACGGUAGCUUUCGACAACGGCUACGCAAUCAAAGACUUUUUCGACAACGUUUUCCCACAAUACAAAACCCACCCCUUCUACGUGACGGGAGAAAGCUACGUCGGGGUCUAUGGACCUACGCUGACCCGGAACUUGAUCCAGUUGAUCGAGAACGGAGAGCUAACCUUGAACUUGAAGGGAAUGGCUGUCGGUAAUGGAAUUCUCAGCGAGUAUCUCCAGGGAAAUUCGGAAAUCGCGCUACAGUACUCUCAUGGCUUUACUUCGGAGGAGGAAUGGACUCGACUGGGUGAAGCUUGCUGCCCGGAUACUAGGAAUCCACUCUACUGCGAUUAUUCGAAGGCUGCGUUGAACAGCACUUGCGACCGGGCAUGGAACUUCGCAGAGGACAAAUUCCAGAAUAAAGUUUACGAUUCCUACAACAUGUACCUCGACUGCUAUACGCAGAGGAAGAGCUCGAAGGUGAUGGAUCGCGCCCGAUGGCGCAGACGCCAAGCCAGAGAAAUGCUGAAAACUGAUGCAGACAUGGUCCGUUUUGAACCCACCCACUCCCGCAAGAAGCGCUUCGUCUAUCAGGAGAAUACGGACCGAAUGAGCUUCGAUUCGACUGAUCCAUUCGCCGGUUACACUUGCUUUAAUGACGAUGCCGUCUGGAGCUACCUCAACCGCGACGACGUCCAAAAAGCGAUCCACGCGAAAAUCUACUACAAAGGUGCCGACUGGGAGGAAUGCAGCGAUCGUCACACCUCGAAGUAUUUCCAUUACUACCUUCUGAAGGAGUACUACGACAUGUCGAACACCUUCAACGCGAUUUUGGACUCGAAAUGGUACACUUCCAAUCAGAUGAGCCUCCUCAUCUACAACGGUGACGUCGACACGAUUUGCCAAUUCUUGGGAGACGAGUGGUUUAUGGAAGCCCUGGUUCUGGCCAGGAAUAUGACUGUCAUCCAGCAAAGGUCACAUUGGUAUUACCAGGAGGGUAGCAAGUAUGAAAACAGCGUCGCCGGAUUUGUCAAGAGGUGGUCAAAUAAUGUGGCGCAGAUGACGAUUAAGGGAUCCGGCCACUUCGUCCCCAUGGACCGUCCGGCUUUUGCUCUCCAAAUGAUCACCAACUACCUGGCCGGUCAGACCAAUUAUUCCACGCCAUUGGCUGUUGACUUUACACCGGCUCCAUUACUUCCCGCCUAUGCAUACACCGAUACCCCGGUGACGAAUUGCUCCAGAAAGGAUCAAGACCGCUUCUAUAGUCUCCCUGGUGGCAACUUUGACAGCAACUUCAACCAGUACAGCGGGUACCUCGAUGCCACGGCUACGCAUAAGUUGCAUUACAUCCUUCUGGAAGCGGAAUGGGACCCGAGUACCGCUCCUCUCCUACUAUGGCUAAAUGGUGGACCCGGCUCGAGCUCCCUAGUCGGACUGUUCCAAGAAAAUGGGCCCUACCGAGUCGGAAGGGAUGGAAAAUCGCUGUUCCAAAAUCACAAUGCUUGGAAUAAAUUCGCUAACGUGCUCUACCUCGAAUCACCGGUCGGCGUCGGCUACUCCUACUCCAUCGAUCCGAAUGAGACAAUCAGUUACAAUGAUAAUAAUACGGCCACCGAGAACUAUGCGGCACUCCGCGACUUCUUUAUGAACGCGUACCCGGAAUACCAGACUCGCGACUUUUACAUUACUGGAGAAAGCUACGCUGGCGUCUAUCUACCUACACUAGCUGUCAAGUUGAUCAACGGCAUCAAGGCGGCGGAUAUCAAGGCUAAUUUUAAGGGAAUGGUGGUCGGAAAUGGGGUACUGGACAAGAAUACCGAUCUCAACUCGAUCAUCCAUCUACAGUACUACUCUGGGUUGUACAGUUACAACGACUACACCGACUUGGUGAAAACCUGCUGCCCCGAAAAUUCCAACGAAUUCGCCUGCCAAUUUUCGGAUCACGUUGUUUGGGGAGAUUCGGUAAUUCCGGACGGAAAUUCGAGUGAUCCUUGCUUUAAUAAGCUUUCCGACUUUAUCCUGUCGGGCUACACGUCGCCGUAUGACCGCUAUAACAUGUAUCAGGAUUGUUAUAACACGCCCAGCAAUGGAAUUAAGGCUGUUUCAAACUACAACUCUUCCGAUCCAUACGACGGCUACUAUUGUUAUAUGGACACGGCACUGGAAAAAUACCUAAACUUGCCGGAAGUGAUGACAGCCCUGAAUAUUCCGUCAGCUGUAAAGGGGUGGAAUGACAACGACGACAUUUUCGAUGUGUACAUUCAACAAAACAUCGAUCAAUACGACAAUUUUGCGAAAGUUUUUGAUUAUGGUGCAAAGGUCCUCAUCUACAACGGCGACGUCGACAUGGCCUGUAAUUUCUUGGGAGCGCAAUGGUUCGCCGCUAAGCUUCAGGACAAGCUUAAGCUUCACGUAGAUAAAGCCCGCGCAAAUUGGUACUACCAGCAGGACCCAAACUACGAGAAGACUGUCGCCGGGUCAUGGAUUCGGUACACCAGCAACUUUGACGUUAUUACUGUUAAGGGUUCCGGCCACUACGUCCCGCUUGAUCGCCCGAUGCACGCGCUGCAGAUGAUUUACAACUUUGUCUACUACAACGACUACAGCACCCCAUUCCCCGCGGGACCCACCACGACUCCGGGGCCAACAACACCGAUUCCGACUACUGCAACUGGGGCUACGGUUACCGGCUCGGUUGGAACUACGGUGGCCCAGCCAACGACGACGAGGACUUCGUCACAAUUGGGAUUCCAUGGAUUCCUGAUUAUGUCUACGAUAAUCUAUUCGAUUCUCCGAUUU